AUCAAUCAAACACAAAGUCUUUCGAUUGUUCUUGCUAACCGUGUGAUGGACGGGUAUCACACCAUCUCCGAAUUGUGUCCUCAGAUCACUGGGUGGACAAUUUGUGUAUUUGUCGUGAGAGUGUUUAAGAAGUUUGUUGCGCCCAACAUCUUCGAACUCGGCCUUAUCUUGGCAGAUAAUUCGGGAUCCCGUUCCCGUAUCGAGGCCACCAUUGAUCGUCGCCUUGCUCCUUUUUACAUAGACCGAAUCAAAGAAAAUGAGUGGAAAAUUGUGACCACUUUCUUGGUCCGUAACGUCGCUGACUCAGUGAGAGCAACAUCUCAUGACUACGGCAUAUGGUUUAUGGAUCGGACCGUCGUUACUAACGCCUUACGAAGGGACCCAAUAUCGUUUUACGAUUUCACUCAAUUCGACUACAUUUUGGAGAAAACAUGUACGUUUUACUAG